CAUUAGUCUUUGCAAACAAAUCACAACUGAAUUGAAUUGAAUUCACAUUUUGUGGUCAAUUAAACGCCAAUUGAAUGGAAAUUAAGCUCAUUUUAUGAGUAAUUGUUUGCAUUUUAGACACAAUUGAAUGGAAUUCAAGAACAUUGUGUUCAACGCCGCCAGAGAUGGCAAACUCAGACGUCUUAAGCUGUUUCUGGACCACAGGCCCAAAGAGGAGGUGAAACUGAUAGUCUCUCUGCGGACUAACGGCGCGACCCCUCUGCUGAUUGCGGCCAGAAAUGGAUAC